UUCAGUAGCAUCUUUUUUUUUUCCUCUUCAGCAACUGACAAUACACUCACAAAAUGGUGGACGGAAAUCACCCGGCCGACGACGAGAUGUCUGAGGCGGAGCCGCAGCAGCAUCCUCCGCCGGCACCGACGCCAGAUCAAAUUCCCGCGGCGCUCAGCCACGGCGGCCGCUUCAUCCAGUACAACAUCUUCGGCAACGUCUUCGAGGUCACCUCCAGAUACAAACCCCCAAUCAUGCCAAUCGGAAAAGGCGCAUACGGCAUCGUUUGCUCGGCUGUGAAUUCGGAGACGGGUGAGCAUGUUGCUAUUAAGAAGAUAGCGAAUGCUUUCGAUAAUAAAAUCGAUGCGAAGAGGACUCUCCGUGAGAUCAAGCUUCUGCGUCACAUGGAUCAUGAAAAUAUUAUUUCAAUCAGAGAUGUAAUUCCACCGCCACAAAGGGAAGUGUUUAACGAUGUUUACAUUGCAUAUGAGCUUAUGGAUACUGACCUCCAUCAAAUUAUCCGGUCUAAUCAACCUUUGUCGGAGGAGCAUUGUCAGUAUUUUUUGUAUCAAAUCCUCCGAGGCCUGAAAUACAUACAUUCAGCAAAUGUCCUACACCGGGAUUUGAAGCCAAGCAAUCUUCUUCUGAAUGCAAAUUGUGACCUAAAGAUCUGUGAUUUUGGACUGGCACGAGUCACAUCUGAAACUGAUUUUAUGACUGAAUAUGUCGUCACAAGGUGGUAUCGGCCGCCAGAACUUUUGUUAAAUUCAUCCGAUUACACUGCAGCUAUCGAUAUAUGGUCAGUCGGGUGCAUAUUUAUGGAAUUGAUGGACCGGAAACCACUGUUUCCUGGUAGAGAUCACGUGCACCAGUUACGCCUGCUCAUAGAGCUGAUUGGUACACCAACAGAGGCUGAGCUAGGUCUCUUGAAUGAAAAUGCAAAACGAUACAUCAGGCAACUCCCUCAUUAUCGUCGACAGUCAUUCACCGAAAAGUUCCCUCAGGUGCACCCUCUUGCUGUUGAUCUCGUCGAGAAGAUGCUGACAUUUGAUCCCAGGCAACGGCUCACAGUCGAAGGCGCAUUGGCCCACCCAUACCUGAACUCGCUCCACGACAUCAGCGACGAGCCCACUUGCUCGGUCCCUUUCAGCUUCGACUUCGAGCAGCAUGCUCUCACGGAGGAUCAGAUGAGGGAGCUGAUCUACCAGGAGGCGCUCGCGUUCAAUCCGGAUUAUCGGCGCAUGUGAGGAAUCUGCUGUCCUGAGAUUCUCUGUUGAAGUAAUGAAUGUUGUAUGUGUUUUUGCUAUUUAUUUAAGUAUCUGUGGUGUAGUGUACAUUAUCGUCCAUCCCAAACAUGGAUGGCUUCCAUUUUUAGAAAUAUAUAACGAUGACAUAAAACUACCAUUUGAUGUACUGCUUCAGACAUUAAUAAACUGAUCGUGAGUUGCUUUUCUUUCUA